AUGACGUCAAGUUCCGCGUAUGAUGCGAAGAAUUCCCCAGAACGACUUCGUCAACGAAUUGUUAACCCAGCCUAUUGCAUGCCUGGGUUGAAGACUCCAAGGAUUGUGAUAUCUAACCAAUAUGGACCUGGACCUGCACUUAAACCAGCCCUGGUCUCUCUCGCACGGACUUUGGCUCUGUUCGACCUUCAACUCGUCAAGCGUGUCCAAAAGUUCCACCAAAAACCAUCUUCAUCUAUGGAUGAAACCCGCAAAGUUGAAGUUCUUCGUUUGCUAGAAGAUUGUAACGAUGUCAGACAGCAGUGGAGAGACAUCGACUCAGGCAAAUGUCAAUUCAGCGAGCUGUACAUGACGAAUGAUCUGUUGGUUCCGAUAUGGAAGGAAGGCUUGCGCAUUAUCAAAGAGGUCAUUGGAAGUAAAAAAGUUUCCAGCGAACAGUCAAACAAGCGGAAUGUCUUUGCGGGUAUUCUGUUAGAUUACGAGAGUCAAGCAGGGCGCCUGCAGGAACAAAUGGUUCAUGCCGCUGGUCAGGGUCUCUUCGAUCCAGUCUUUUUGAACCCAAUUCAAGAGCGCUGGCUGCGGCUGGACGAGACUAUAGAUCUACAUUAUAGAUUGUGUAAUCACGAUGCUGACGAGGAGUUCAGUUUUCGUCGUCAGUCACCCACAUGGUAA